UUUUUUUCUUAUCCAUUUAUUGCAAUUAACAGCUGUAUGAAUAAAUACAAAAAAAUAAAAUAUAUUGAUGGCAGAGCUACCAUGUCUGCAAAAUACGCUUUGCCCGGCAACCUGAUAAACCUAAGAUUACUAGUUCAAAUCUUGAUGCCCCGUUUUUUUAAACUCUGGGAUUGAUCCGCCGACCUCACUCCUGGGCUGAGAAAAAUCCGUAUAACUGAAAAGGGGAAGAAGGAGAGGAAAAGCAAAUUUAUUAUAAAAAUAUACAAUAUAGUAACAGGUUGUAACGGUUCCGGACGCAACUACCUUGUAUGGUGCUGCUGCCUGGCGGCGGAUCUCAGAUUCAGCUCACUCCAGUUCCGAGUAUCCGUGGUAAUACUGCUCUGCCGAAGAGACAGUUCGCUCGCGAUCUACCAGAACAUCGCAGGCCGUCCAACAAUUUAUGAAAAACGGAUACUACCGUUACCUUACGUUGCCUUACCGUAGGCAAAGCUAAAAUUAAUCCUAGUUCAUUUAUCCUCCACAACUUUGUAAGCAAGAAAAAAAACACUUGCGUUUAUAUGGUCAGAAGGUUCGUUAAGGAUUGCAGUCAAAGUAAAACACACAUGUCUUCUCGUUCAAAUGUCAGACGAAUACGCUAA